ACACACACACCCAGCAGCCAGGCAGGGAGCCGUGUGCGCGCGUGUGUGUGUGCGUGCGUGCGCGCGCGUGGAAAGUGGCCGUUUCCUCCACGGACGGAAUGCUGCUCUUGCGGAGAAUUGGUCUCCUGCUGGUCUUCGUGGGCGCUUUGCUGCUCUCCUGCGGGCUGGCUUGUGGACCGGGCAGGGGCUUCGGCAAGAGGCGGCACCCGAAGAAGCUGACCCCUUUAGCCUACAAGCAGUUCAUUCCCAACGUGGCAGAGAAGACGCUGGGCGCCAGUGGAAGGUACGAAGGCAAGAUCAGCCGCAACUCGGAGCGCUUUAAAGAGCUCACCCCCAAUUACAACCCUGACAUUAUUUUUAAGGAUGAAGAGAACACGGGAGCCGACAGGCUGAUGACACAGCGCUGCAAGGACAAGCUGAACGCCUUGGCGAUCUCGGUGAUGAACCAGUGGCCUGGCGUGAAGCUGCGCGUGACCGAGGGCUGGGACGAGGACGGCCACCACUCCGAGGAGUCGCUGCACUACGAGGGCCGCGCCGUGGACAUCACCACCUCGGAUCGGGACCGCAGCAAGUAUGGCAUGCUGGCGCGCCUGGCCGUCGAGGCCGGCUUCGACUGGGUGUACUACGAGUCCAAGGCGCACAUCCACUGCUCGGUCAAGGCCGAGAACUCAGUGGCGGCCAAAUCGGGUGGUUGCUUCCCUGGAUCGGCCUGGGUGAACCUGGAGCAAGGGGGCACCAAGUUGGUGAAGGACCUCCACCCUGGCGACCGGGUCCUGGCGGCCGAUGUGCAAGGGCAGCUGCUCUACAGCGAAUUCCUCACCUUCCUGGACCAGGAGGAGCCUCCCGUUCGCAAGCUUUUCUACGUGAUUGAGACCCGGCGGCCCCGGGCACGCCUCUUGCUCACGGCAGCUCACCUGCUUUUCGUUGCCCCGCCGCAGAACCACUCCAAGCCCCAGCCUGUUUUCGCCAGCCGCGUUCAGCCGGGACAACGCGUCUACGUGCUGGGCAAAGGGAGCCAGACACUGUUGCAGGCCGAGGUGCACAGCGUGUCCCUGCGGGAAGAGGCCUUGGGUGCCUACGCCCCGCUCACUGCUCAGGGCACUAUCCUCAUCAAUCAGGUGCUGGCAUCGUGCUAUGCGGUCAUCGAGGAGCAUAGCUGGGCCCACUGGGCGUUUGCUCCUUUCCGAGUCACACACGCUCUCCUGGCGAUGCUGUACCCCAGCGGCCUCUCCUCCCCGGUCCUUUUCCCAUCCGCUGCCCUGGACGACGCCCCAGCAGGAGUCCACUGGUAUUCCCGCCUCCUCUACCACAUUGGCCGCUGGGUAUUGGAUUCUGAGAUGAUACACCCGCUGGGCAUGGCCAGCUGAGGGGGACGGCUCUCCACACCCCACCUUGACCUGUCAUAAGAACAGAGAAUCACCUUAUGUAAACCUCUUGGUGUUGUGAGCCACUUUGAGCAUGGUUUACCAUGGGAAAGUGGCCUGCAAAUGAACAAGGAAGAUGAUGAAAAUAGUACAAGGGGGGGGGAACUAAGAUGAAGAAAGAAAGAAAGAAAAUGAAAGACUUUAAAACAAUAAUAAUAAUAAUAGUAGGAAAGUCCAAAGUAGACUUUAAGGAGCAGGAAGAGCCCAGGAAUAUCCGCCCCCCCCCAGUUUAGUUGAUAAAUAUAUAUAUUUUUUAUUUGAUUUCUAUUUUGUUGUCUGUUUGAUUGUUUCGUUGUCCUCAUCUCCUGGAUAUUUAUUUGUUUGGUAUUUUGAAAUAGAUGUUUUAAAGGAUAUGAACCCGA